GUCUGUUUCUGAUGUUGUUUAGAGGAUGAUUGUGAUUGAAAAUGUCAGUUCUAGUGAAACACACCCUCCUCGCAGUAGGCGGUGGCUCCACAGCGUUCGCUGGGCCGUUCUUCUGGUUCUGUUGGUCUUCAUCUAUGGCUCUCACGCUCCCCUCAUCGCCCUCACUAAAAUAGAUGGCCGUGUUCCCUUCAGCUCUUCGUCUUGUGUGGUUCUGAUCGAGUUUAGUAAGCUGCUGGUCUCUCUGGGCGCUCUGCUUAUUACGGGGAACAUCCACACCCUCAGAGCGUCCCUGUCCUGGACUGCUGUUGCUCCAUACACUGUUCCGGCUCUUCUCUACUCCUUCAACAACAACCUGGUGGUCAAUAUGCAGGCCUACAUGGAUCCCAGCUCCUUUCAGGUGCUCAGCAACCUCAAGAUCGCCUCCACCGCCCUGCUGUAUACAUCCUGCCUGAGGAAGAGGAUGAGGCCUGCGCAGUGGCUGGGAUUGGGCUUUCUCAUGGGGGCUGGGGUCUGUCACAGCUACAGCAGUCUGGGUUGGGAAAACCCAGAGGAAGAAGGUAAAAUGAGCCCCAGGCUUUAUAUCACAGCCUGGGGUUUAUUGAUGGUGCUUGCAUAUUGCUUUAUAUCAGGACUUGCAGCAGUCUACACAGAGAGGGUGUUAAAAACCCAGCGUCUGCCGCUCAGCCUACAGAAUAUGUUCCUCUACAUAUUUGGUGUGGGCAUAAAUUUUGCAUCACAUGUCUACAGCAGCAGUGGAGAGCAUUCGUUUCUUGAAGGCUACUCUGCCUCGGUGUGGCUUAUUGUAGCUGGACAGGCAACAAAUGGCCUGCUAAUGUCCAUAGUAAUGAAACAUGGAACUGGAAUCACCCGACUCUUCAUCAUCUCCUCAGCCAUGCUGGUGAACAGUGUCCUCUCCUGGUGGCUGCUGGGAUUGCAGCUCACGCCUUUCUUUCUCUUGCCUGUGCUAAUGAUCGGAGUAGCCGUGUACCUUUAUUACAGGUAGCUAAUCAAGAGUUUGAGCUAAGACAGCAAAGACAGUGGACUUAAUGGACUAGCACUGGCCAGAAACCUUAUUAUUGAAAAAUGGUGUUUUUCUACUAUAUAUUUUUUCUUUUCCUUUUAAUUUAAUUGUCUUUAUGAGAGGGGAUUUUCUUUGUUUGUUUGUUUGUUUCAAAAUAUCUCAAUACUGCUUGUUGUUGAGAUGUAAACAAAGCAAUCCAGAGUAGUUUGAGGUGAAAUGUGCCACACUACAGAAACCCACGACACAAUGCGUACGCAUAUGGCCAUUUCAUUUGCUGUCGUAAAUGACACGUGAAUUACAUGUGAACUUAAGGUAGGAGUGGACGAUAUGGCAAAAACGAAAUGUCACUUGAAGACAAUGUCAUAAUGCGUGAAGUGCGUCACAGGAUGUAGUUUGCAGUGAUUUUUAUGGAAUGUUUCUUAUGCUGCACUGAGAUAAGGCCAGUUAAACAGGGCUGAUUAUGCUCUCUUUAAAAGGAAACUUGCAGCUAGUCAGUGUUCUGUAAACACUUGUGCUAUCAUAAUAGCUCAGAAAAGUGUACUGUGGCACGAUUUCCUAUGAAAAAAUAAUGUCAUAUUGAACACUGCUACCUUCACAUGCCUUUUAAGCUUUAUAUAUAAUGGUAAGUCUGAAAAUAUGUGUUCUUUGUUUACUUUUUGCCUUACAAUGUGCUCUGUGUACUACACCAACAUGAAUGGAUUUUAAAAAGUACAUUUUAGGCUAAAAACCUAUCUCAAAAAUGUCUCGGGUAUCAAACACUUCCAGCGUCUGGUGACCAGUUCUGAUUGUACGUUUGACAUAUUUCACAUCAAACCACUCUGAAUGACUGUACCUUAACUAUUGAAUUAUGCAGAAAUUAAAAAAACUAGUGAAAUUUAAUUUAAAAGACACUCCUUAGUUCUGCAAAUAUUUCCAAAUAGGGAAAAAGUUGUGAACCAUCCAGGACGUUUAUAAGGAGGUGGACUAUGAAUGGAGUGAAUUGGCUGUAGUUACUUUAAUAUUGGGUGUUCGUUGUGUGGGUGUAAGUUGUCAUGCUACUAAUGUUGACUAUAACACAGCAAAAAUAACAUGGAAAUAUGUAUCAGUAGUCUGUCCAUAUAUUGCUCAAAUGUUUUUUGUUUGUUUUUAAGGAGAUUCCUUUGUCUGUGUCUUUGGAUUUUUUUUCUCGCCAAGUAUCCAUUGCUGCUUUUGCCUUUUCUACUUUAAGAUCUUCACAUCAGAUCAUAUCAUGAAUAAAAUUGAAUCUCUCGAAGACUGUCAGA